GCCGCCCCUGCCGCCCUCAGGGCCGGGCGGGGAAGAUGGCGGCGGGGCCGGGGAAGCACAAACUGCUGAGCGCCGGCCCCACCGAGCCCUGGUCCAUCCGCGAGAAGCUCUGCCUGGCCUCCUCCGUCAUGCGCAGCGGCGACCAGAACUGGGUCUCAGUCAGCAGAGCCAUCAAACCUUUUGCAGAGCCAGGACGCCCACCUGACUGGUUUUCCCAAAAGCACUGUGCAUCUCAGUACUCAGAGCUCUUGGAGACCACAGAGACCCCAAAAAGAAAACGUGGUGAGAAGGGAGAAGUUGUGGAGACAGUGGAAGAUGUUAUUGUGCGGAAACUGACUGCUGAGAGGGUUGAGGAAUUGAAGAAAAUUAUUAAAGAGACACAGGAAAAAUACAGGCAACUCAAGAAGGAUGCAGAGCUGAUCCAGGCCGGACACAUGGACAACAGACUGGAGGAGCUGUGCAAUGAGAUUAUGAUAAAGAAAAAAAUGGAAGAGGAGGAAGCAGAGGUCAAGAGGAAGGCUACAGAUGCUGCUUAUCAGGCUCGCCAGGCCAUUAAGAACCCCCCUCGAAGGCUGACGGGGGUGAUGGUUCGUUCUCCUGCAGGCUCCACCUCCCCGGGCGGGGAUUAUUCCCUCGGAGAUCUGUCCCAGCCUGCUGGGGAUGAGGCCAGCCCAGGGGUCACGCCAGGGACAUUGCCCAGCACCCCAGUUGCCUCCUUCAUUGGAAUCCCUGACACCCCUCCAGGCUCUGCUCCCCUGGAUGCCCCCAUGACCCCAGUCACUGAUGAUUCACCCCAGAAAAAGAUGCUAGGACAAAAAGCAACUCCGCCUCCUUCCCCUCUGCUCUCAGAGCUGCUGAAGAAGGGCAGUCUCCUGCCCACAAGCCCCAGGCUGGUUGGUGAAAACGAAAUGGCAGUGGCUUCUGGUCACAUGAACAGCUCUGGAGUGCUGCUGGAGGUAGGAAGUGUCCUUCCAGUGCUGCACAGUGGGGAAAUGCAGUCAGCACCUGGUGCUGUCCCUGCAUCUCCAGCUGCUUCAGGUGCUCCUACGCUUUCCCGGCUUUUAGAAGCUGGUCCUGCACAGUUCACCUCACCUCUUGCUUCCUUCUCCGCUGUUGCCAGCGAGCCUCCAGCUAAGCUCCUGCCACCCCCCGUAGAGCCUGUGUCCCAGGCCACUAUUGUCAUGAUGCCUACGCUGUCAGCACCAGCCGUUGUGCCACCAGCUGCAGCUGCAGAAAGCGUAGCCACAGUGAGCCAGCCUGAAGCCUGUGUUUCCAUGGAGGCAGUGGCUGAUUCCCACACUGUGACAGUGUCCAUGGACAGCAGUGAAAUAUCAAUGAUCAUUGAUUCCAUCAAGAAAGAGUGCCUGGGUUCUGGGGCUGGCAGCACUGCAGGAUCUUCCAAAGAUCACUGCAUGGAUGGGAAAGAAGAUCUGGAUUUCGCUGAAAAAAUGGAUAUUGCAGUGUCCUAUACGGGGGAAGAGCUGGACUUUGAUACGGUUGGAAAUAUUAUAGCCAUCAUUGAGGACAAGGUAGACGACCCCCCUGAAGUCCUGGAUGCAGCAGUUGUUGAAGCUGCUCUGUCUUCUUUCUGUGAAGAUACCGAUGACCCUCAGACCCUUCCUGGCCCAUGGGAGCACUCAAUUCGUCAGGAGCAUGAGAAACAGGCCCAGAUGCCACAAGUGUCUGUGACUGUGAAGCAGGAGAGACUGGAGUGUGAGGAGCCAGAGGCAAAAGGAAUUCGAGACCUAAUGGGCAUCAGUGAGCUGGGGUCAGAAAUAAAGACUGAGAUUGCAGAGCAGGACCAGAGUCAGCUGGGCCCUGAAGAAACCAUACCAGCAACUGCAAGAGUGACAGAAACUCCAGAGCUUAGAAACCAAGAGAUAGAAGAAGAUCAAAGAGCAGCUGUAACAUCGGGAGAGGCUCCUGAAGUCAAAACAGAGUCAUCCCAGGGAGAAGAUGCAGUGCUCAAUGCAGUGAAGGCAGAGACCCCACCUGAUGAUGAUUCAUCCCCUCCACAAGUCCCAAAUGUGAGUGAAGACUCCUCACAGGCUGAUGUUCAGCACAAAUUUGAGCUGUCAGAAUCAAUGAAGGAGGAGGCCCAAGCCCUGUUUAGGAGUCAGAUGAAGGAUGGGCAGGGUGAGGAGGAUGAUGAGGACGGUGCCAGUGAGGCUGCCAGUUUGGAGGAGCCCAAAGAAGAAGACCAGGGUGAGGGGUAUCUCUCAGAGAUGGAUAACGAGCCCCCCGUGAGCGAGAGCGACGACGGCUUCAGCGUCCACAACGCGCCCCUGCAGUCGCACGCGCUCGCCGACUCCAUCCCCAGCAGCCCGGCCUCCUCGCAGUUCUCAGUGUGCAGUGAAGACCAGGAAGCAAUACAGGCUCAGAAGAUCUGGAAGAAAGCCAUCAUGCUGGUUUGGAGAGCAGCAGCUAAUCACAGGUAUGCCAAUGUCUUCUUACAGCCUGUAACUGAUGACAUAGCACCAGGCUACCACAGCAUCGUGCAGAGGCCAAUGGAUUUAUCUACCAUCAAAAAGAACAUUGAGAACGGGCUGAUCCGAACCACGGCCGAGUUCCAGCGGGACAUUAUGCUGAUGUUUCAGAAUGCAGUGAUGUACAACAGCUCUGACCAUGAUGUGUACCACAUGGCUGUGGAGAUGCAGAGAGAUGUCCUGGAGCAGAUCCAGCAAUUUCUGGCCACACAGCUGAUGAUGCAAACAUCAGAGUCAGGGAUCAGUGCAAAGAGCCUGCGGGGGCGAGACUCCACUCGCAAGCAGGAUGCUUCAGAGAAGGACAGUGUCCCAAUGGGCUCUCCUGCCUUCCUUCUCUCUCUCUUUGACGGAGGCACCAGAGGGCGGCGCUGCGCCAUCGAGGCAGACAUGAAGAUGAAGAAAUGAUGCUGCAGACACAAAAUCCCAGCAGAAUCCCAGGCAUCCGGAGCUGGAGUGUGAGCAGGCAGCUCUUAGCAGCUGUUGGAGGAGGAAGAAAAGCUGCAGGUCCAUUUCUGGGACCUGGUUCACCACCUUGGCUUGCCCUUCUGGAAAGCAGUGUCCUGUCAGAAUAUGUAACCCAAAGAAACUUCCCUGGAGGGGAAGGCCAGCCCCCCUGCCUGUUUUAGGGCAGUUGUCUUGGGCUUCAUCAGUGUUCUGGUGUUAGCUAGCAGCUGGUGGCUCGUACGUACUGUAAUGUGAAGUGUACAGAUUUUUACUAGUGAUGUGUAAAUGUGAUGUACAUUAAAAUCUGGGAACAAA